GAAGAAGAAGGAAAAACACGUCGUGAUCAAGUUGUUACAUUACAAGAUCAUGUUAUAGAACAAAUGCCUGAAUAUAUAAAACAAGGUCUUUUUCAAAACAUAAAUGAACGUGUUUGGCCAAUAUCAAGAAAUAUUCCAAUUAGAGAAGUAGAAGAUCGUCUUUUUGAUUUAAUACAACCAUUUGUUCGAAAUGGUCAAAUUGAAUUAAUUCCAGAAAAUUUACAUGAACAAUCAGAAUGUCUUAUUAAAGGUAAUUUUGAUAUAUUAGUUGGUGCAGAUGGUUCUAAUUCAUUUGUACGUCGUUAUUGUAAUAUUCAAAUGAUAAGUGAAGGUCUUGAAUAUGCAUGUGGUGUCGCUUAUAAUAUUCCAAAUAAUAUUCCAUCAUCAGAAGAACCACUUCAUCAAGCACUUAAUUGUAUUUUAACUGCUUCUCAAACUCGCUAUUUAGUUAAUUCAUCAACAAGUCGUCGUGGUUAUUUAAAUAUUCGUCUAAUUCAAGAUGAAUAUAAGGAAUUACAAAAUCGUUUAGAAAUAUUUCAAUCACAUAAUGAACCAUUAGAUUUAUUAGAUUUUAAUAAAUGUCCACAAUCACCUAUCUGGACAAUUAUUCGACAAGGUUUACAAUUUUUUAAAAUUUCACCAAAAUAUGUUUUUCGUGUUAUACCUAUUGAAAUUAAUGUUCGACAUGCAUCAAUUGUUGUUCGUGAACUUCGUCAUGAAAUUGAUAAAAAUGAAAAACAAACUCCUAAUGAAUAUGAUGAAAAAAAAUAUAAAACUACGUUAGCUUUUCUUGUUGGUGAUGCAGCAAUGUGUGUUCAUUUUUGGCCUGGUCGUGGAAUGAAUAGUGGAAUGAAAGGUGCUAUAGCAUUAGCACGUAAUAUUCUUCGUUCAUGUACAAUAAAUAAUUCAAUAAAUAUACGUAGACCAUUACGAUUUUUGAAUUUUCUUGAUUAUGAAGGUUUUAUGGCUCGUCUUCGUGCACGUGAACAACAAGGUCGUUCAUUGCGUGUUUUAAUUGAUCCAAUUGAUAAAUCUGUUGAAGCAUCUUAUUCAUAUGCUC